AUGGACUGAUAAUUUCCGAGAGCACUUGAAGGUAGCAUCAUCCCCACCACCCACCUUCAGACAGUGACGUCACCUCGCAGCUAGACAGACGGCUGAAAGCUCCGGACAGAGAGAUAUUGUUGACGUUUUGUUUUCAUCGCUUUUGUGUGGAUUUUUGGACAUUACGACGACAUUAUCCGCAGAUUUAGAAGACCGCCUUUCGACUCUACCAUCACGCCUCAGUGCGGAGAUCCAGCAAAGAUGAAAUGGAUGUUUAAAGAGGACCAUUCCCUCGAGCACCGAUGUGUGGAGUCAGCCAAAAUACGCAACAAAUAUCCUGACAGAGUACCGGUGAUAGUGGAGAAGGUUUCCGGCUCUCAGAUAGUAGACAUUGAUAAGAGGAAGUACCUGGUGCCCUCUGACAUCACAGUGGCCCAGUUCAUGUGGAUCAUCAGGAAACGCAUCCAGCUGCCUUCAGAGAAAGCCAUCUUCCUCUUCGUCGACAAAACCGUCCCCCAAUCCAGUCUGACUAUGGGCCAGCUGUACGACAAGGAGAAGGACGAGGACGGCUUUCUGUAUGUGGCCUACAGUGGAGAAAACACCUUUGGUUAUAAGGCCUUUUAUACAACACGGGGUUAAUGCUUCACUAAUCACACACACACACAGACACACACACACACACACACACACACACACACACUGACACAGUAGGGCCCGACAAACAGUAUACUGGUGCACAAUGAUUCAGACAUUGGCCUUUACAUGUAUUACACAAGUAAUGCACCUACGCACUGUCAUUUAAGGUCAAUUUUUUAUACUGAAAAACACACAUUUAUUGUGAAAAUUAAUUACACCAAAAUCUUACAACAAACAAACUUAUAAACAUUUUUUGACAGACUCAGAUGAUCAUUAGUGUCAAAAAAUUCUUGACUUUAAUGGUUGGUCUUUUUGUCAUGAUUACUGUUUAAAGGUCAGCUGUGGAGAAAAAUACCUUUAACACUGCCGUAAAAUAAGAAUAACAAUCACCGUAUGUUAAAGGGCACGUCAGAUAACAUUCAUUUAUCCAACAUCAGUAUUAAAUAAAAAAGACACAUGCCAAUCAUCA